UGGCCGAGCGGUCUAAGGCGCCAGACUCAAGGAGCGACUCCUUCCUGAGCUAAAGGGACUUCUGGUCUCCAGAUGGAGGCGUGGGUUCAAAUCCCACUCCUGACAUGCACCUUUUAGGCGCAGGUUUCAUCCACGGAAAGCGUAGUCUACAUGUAGAUCAUACAGACUGAGCAAAGCUCUGGAAACGCGCGACAGGAAAACAACUGACCAGCCCAUAGGGAAAUCGUCAGUAAUUAACUGAUGAACUGAUUAAGUCGUUUGUUAACAGCAAAAGGUCGCCAUCUUCUCAUUUGAGUUUAAAAGGAAAUGUGACAUUUACACUCGCCUGCUCUUACAGAAUUACACACAGUUCAGGCGCCACUUUCUUAAUGAUUUUUGAAGCCUUGCAGUUUCUGUACAGUCCAGACUGUGUUCGACUGAGGACGCGUUAUCGACUGUCAGGAUGGCCGAGCGGUCUAAGGCGCCAGACUCAAGGAGCGACUCCUUCCUGAGCUAAAGGGACUUCUGGUCUCCAGAUGGAGGCGUGGGUUCAAAUCCCACUCCUGACAUGAGUUUUAUCCCCGGCUGUCUGGCAAAGGGUCGAAGGGCACGCCUCUCUGUAGUUGUGUAAAACAACUUGCCCUCCCUGUCAGUCCGUGUCUUUCUGCCUCUCGGCCGGUGGGCAGGCGUGUAGCUCCACAGAGUCGUCACGUACAAAGACAGAAACUUCUGCAGCUCUUUUGUUUCACCCCCCGUCCUCCUCCCCUGCUUUGUCUGUCUCCCUCUCUGUCUCACACUCCUCACUGGUGUUCCUCGACGCGUAAAAACUUUGGAGAGCCCCCUCCGUCCCUCCUCCUCCUCCUCCUCCCCUCACAUCCCAUCCUCCUCCUCCUCCUCCUCCUCCUCCUCCCCGGGUGCGCAAUUAGUUGGAGAGCGUUUGGAAACUUGCGAUGGCCGUGAAGAAAUCUCACUUUAUUUCUGACACCUGUUGCUGAGGACACCGCGCACACAGCCGCCCGCACAUAACGAGGAGCGUGUGCACUCUGGUUCCGGACUUUGUUUCUGAGUUUCCACAUGACAAGCUGGAACUUUUUUUUUCUUUUUUUAGGAGGAGGGUACUGACAGGUCGACGGAUCGCCGGAGGCUGCGUUAUACUUCUAUACGCUCCCAUAAAUCGACUUGUUGUGACUCAGAGGAGGACUUUGGUGUGGUGUUUUCUCCGUGAAGGUGACCGAGCAGUGAAAGGAAGUGUCCGAAAAGUGACACCUUGAGUCGCACAGUCACUGCUGUGGGAUCUGACUGAAGGGGUUUCCCUUUCAAUAAAAGAAAUAAGAAACUCCGAUCUGCCUGCAGUUUCACAGCCGGGCUGAGACUCACGCUUUUUCGGACUUGGGCGCUUCGGAUGGUGGGAGGAGAAACUUUUGUUGGAGAGCUGAGCAACAACUGGAUUGAAGCACAGCGGACCAGUGGGGAGUUUGCAGCUCUGGAUGGGGCACAGAGUGACGUCAACAGCUGCCAUCAGCAAGCGGAGCACUUUGCCCAGCAGCGGCUAUCUGGCGUUGACGCGGCGGACCAUGGACAACAGGCCUGUCCGGAGAAGGCGAACCGGCGCCGUGCGACAUCUGCUGCUGGCAGCCGCCUUCCUCGCCUGCAGCUCCCAGCUGCUGGUGGUGAAUGCCAACUCUUGGUGGUCACUAGCUCUGACCCCAAUCCAGCGGCCAGAGAUGUACAUCAUCGGAGCUCAGCCUCUCUGCAGUCAGCUGUCCGGUCUGUCUCAGGGCCAGAGGAAGCUGUGCCAGCUGUACCAGGACCACAUGAUCUACAUCGGAGACGGGGCCAAGACAGGCAUCAAGGAGUGCCAGUACCAGUUCCGGCAGAGGAGGUGGAACUGCAGCACCGUGGACAACUCAUCUGUGUUCGGACGCGUCAUGCAGAUCGGCUCCAGGGAAACAGCCUUCACGUACGCCAUCAGUGCGGCUGGCGUGGUGAACGCCAUCAGCAGGGCGUGCCGCGAAGGUGAGCUCUCCACCUGCGGCUGCAGCCGGGCAGCUCGACCCCGCGACUUGCCGCGCGAUUGGCUGUGGGGCGGAUGCGGCGACAACGUGCACUACGGCUACCGAUUUGCUCGGGAGUUUGUGGACGCCAGGGAGAGAGAGAAGAAUUACCCACGUGGUUCUACUGAGCACGCCCGGACACUGAUGAACCUACAGAAUAAUGAAGCAGGGAGACAGGCGGUCUAUAACCUUGCAAAUGUUGCAUGUAAGUGUCACGGCGUCUCCGGUUCCUGCAGUCUGAAGACCUGUUGGCUGCAGCUGGCCGACUUCAGGCGUGUUGGGGAGUUCCUGAAAGAGAAAUACGACAGUGCAGCUGCCAUGCGCAUUGGACGAAAGGGCAAGCUGGAACUGAUGGACAAGCGUUUCAACACCCCGACCCCAGAGGAUCUGGUCUACAUCGACCCCAGCCCUGACUACUGCCUCCGCAACGAGACCACGGGCUCUCUGGGUACGCAGGGCCGCCUCUGCAACAAAACAUCGGAGGGCAUGGACGGCUGCGAGCUCAUGUGCUGCGGGCGAGGAUACGACCAGUUCAAGACCUACAAGCACGAGCGCUGCCACUGCAAGUUCCACUGGUGCUGCUACGUCAAAUGCAAACGCUGCACGACACUCGUGGACCAGUUUGUGUGUAAAUAGCACAGGAAGGGGAUGAGACAGGAGUAGAGGGAGAGAAGUAAAGACGUGAUGGAGGGUGAAGGAGACUGAAAUGAGAACUUUCAGGGUUUUGUUCAGGAUAAGUUAAGACACACAGGUUCAAUUUUCCUUCUUUCCUCUUGUUUAUAAACCUCCUGUUUUUUUCACGCCAAGCUGCACAGCGUCUGUGUGGCCACUUUUGAGCACAGUUAUGUAGAGAUAGAUAGGGAGGAGGAGGCUGGAGGAAACAAGGAGGAAGGUGAUUUCUUUUUGCGCUCUUUGGACAACAGUUUUUCAACAGAGAUUCUUGUUUCUGCAUCAUCACUUUCUGCUGUCCUGUAUGAUAUCCUGAGCACAAUCCUGAGGAAAAGGAGGGAUGGAAAUUGGGAAGGACUAACAAAGGGGAUGAAGAAAGAAGGACAUCAGGGACAAAUGGACCUAGAAAGUGGAACAACUGGAUACCGAAAAGGGGGACACAUGCAACUAGUGUGAUAACAAAGAUAAGAGAGAUGAAAUAAAUAUAUAAUUAAAUAAUAAAUAAACAUACAACUCUUUUAAGAGGCGCAGACAAACUGAAGGCACAGUUUUUGGACCCAUAAAGCUCAGUCCUUUUGGAGUUUGAAGCCAUCUCAGUGUUGAAUGGUGUCACUGUGUCUCUUUUAAAGAACUUUUGACCUUUAACCCUGCAAGAGUACUUCUAGUAUACAUUAGUUGUGCUGACGCAGCACAAACACUCUUGCAAUGCAUGCAUCAGAGCACCAGAAAUGUACAAAAGUCCAGACUGAAAAUCGACAAAUGAAAGCGAGCCGAAGAGGAAUCACUUAUUGGGUGGUGUGAAAAAGAAAGUGGGUAUAGAGAAAAAAAAAAGGGAAAAAGUUCAAUAAACUUUGGAUGGUUAUUUUGAAACAAAAUUCAGGAGACAGUGUCACGUGCUACACAGCUGAUUGGGAAAUUUUAGCACGGGUAUUUCCAGCUGUAGAUUUCUGUUUCAAAAAUAAAUGCAUCACAAAGAACAGUAAAAACACUUAGUCUUCAAGUCAAAAAGGACUGAUGACUUUCAGGUCACACACUAUCCAUUUCCCUCAGUGCAGCUACUGCUGUUAGAGCAGAUAUCCAGCACCUGUGAGCUGACAAGCGUGUCUGUGCAGGUUAAUGAGGCUUGCCGGUUGCGGCCAUCUUGACACCGCAGCCAUUUGAACAAGCAGCUCCAGCGCCGUGACCUUCAUCUGACAGUGAAGUGAGCAAAACCUCCAUUAGUGAGAUUAAUGUGCUGUAUCUGCCUUAAUGAACCUGCACUAAGAGACACGUUCACUGAGAGUGGGCCUCUUCGUCUCGUGCAACUUGUUAAGUCAACAAAAGGCCCUGCGGCGCCCUGUGUGGAGCUUUGGCUGUUUUGCCACCAGUUUAACAUUUUCUAAUAGUUAUACCAUGAAUUUUGAGUUUACAUUAUUGUAAGCGUAUAAUCCAAUUGAUGGACACGAACACGAAGAGGACAAAAUGGACAUGCUGUGGAAAAAUUGAAUGCAUGAGUGUUGAAAAACAGAGAGGACUGCAAUUUAUUAUGUGCUACUUUAAAAAAGAAGUAGAUCAGAAAAAAGUAUAUUUUAAUAUUGAUUUUCAUUCUCUGUUUUCUAUGUUUUAUACGUGAGUAUUAUUGUGUAUCCUUUUGAUAAACUAGUCCGACAAUGA